ACUGCAAUAGAAACACAAUGCUUCGAUUGAUGUAACUAGUAACAGUAGUCAGUAUGCCUAAAAUUUGAGGUGGGAAUUCAGAGUUUUAUCCAAAAAGGACCGAAUUUUGGAAGGGGUACAGGAUGGUUUUGGAUAUAUGUCGUUCGAACGUUUUCAGCUUGUUCCUUGGAAUUGUCUUCUGUAUACUCUCAACGGGUUAUUGUCAAAUAACAAUUGAAAAUUGUCCUGGGGAUCAAACGCUGACUCAACAUCGUGCAUACUGGGAACCACCGACGGUCGACGGUAAUGGAGCAACGUUUACGUUAACUACAACUCACACACCUGGAAGUAUAUUUCCAGAUGGGAUCAAUAUGGUAGAGUACUCUGCUGAGGGUGAAAAUGGUGUCGCUGAUACAUGCAUGUUCAGAAUAAUUAUUAAUAACGACAAUGCUCCAACUAUAACCGGUUGCCCCUCAACGGUACAUGAAACCGCUGCAUCAGGAGCUGAAACUGCCACGGCGACGUGGAAUGAGCCUACAGCUGCGAAUUCUAGUGGAAGUAACGUACCCUGGACAUACAGAACUAGAGCUCCCGGAGACACGUUUCGUGUCGGUACCACGACUGUGUUCUACGAGUUUGUGGAUUCUGACGACAACGGCGCCCUUUGUGAAUUCACUGUCAAUGUAUCAGCUGUUUUCGACAAUGACGCACCGACGGUUGUUUGUCCUGGUGAUCAAGUGUUAGAGAUACCGGAAAAUGAAACGGAAACCACAGUUACAUGGAUUACACCGAUCCCCAGUGGUAAUUAUGAGACACUCAUUUCAACUCACGACUCAGGUGACUCGUUUGGUGAAGGAACAACUACUGUCACGUACAUAGUGAGAGACGAAGCAGGGAAUUCGAAUCAAUGCACUUUCUCGAUUAUGGUUAUCGUAAUUGUACCAGAUCGUACAGCACCAACGUUCACCUACUGUCCAGCUGACAUCAAUAGAAUAGUUGGUCCGGAUGUUAUAGGCACGUAUGCUGUCACUUGGGACAUGCCAACAGCCAACGACAGUGUCAGUGAUGCUUCUGACAUCGAAAUAACUUUUAAUGUUAACUCUGGAUACGCAUUCUCAGUUGACACGUCUACAGAAGUCAUCUACAGGGCAACGGACGAAGCUGGAAACGAGGCGACGUGCAAAUUUAAUGUUGUUGUCUCUGUUGAUGGAGUUCCUACGUUCAACAGUUGUCCUGUCAAUAAAGAAGUGGAGAUGACUGGCCCGAGCACGGCAGCGACCUGGACAGAGCCAGUUGUGUCGGAUGAUUCAACAGUUACAUCUAACUACGAUCCAGGCGAUACCUUCACAGGGCCUGCUACAUAUACAGUAAUAUACAUGGCAAUAGAUCCCUUCGGUUCUACGGCCGAAUGCCGAUUUGAUGUUAUUAUUCAAGAUACCACCGCUCCAGUGGUGAAUGGUUGUCCAGGUGACAUACAGAGGACGGUUAGUAACAAGAACACUGUCACGAUAUCCUGGAAUGAGCCGACCGCAGAGGACAAUUCUGGUAUGGUAACGCUCACCAAUGACGUAAGCCCGGGCUCAACAUUUACUACUGGAGAGACAACAUCAGUCACUUACACAGCCACCGACGCGAGUAGUGGAAAGUCGGCCAUUUGUCGAUUUACAGUUACUGUGGAAGGGACUACGGUUUGUGACGAUAAUCCCUGUGAAAAUGGCGGCGCAUGUGUGACAGAUGGCGAGGACAGCUUUGCGUGUAUCUGCGUUGAUGACUAUAAAGGGGACAAAUGCACAGAAAAAGGUCUGUCAACGCUGCUAAUAGUCGCAAUUAUUCUCGGUUCUGUGGCUGGUGUACUGAUAUUGGCGCUGCUCAUUUUCUGUUGUUGUUACUACUGCUGUUUUGCUGUGGUUGGUGAAGAAGAGCGACCACACGAAAUUGUUGUACACAAGGAACCCCUACCGCCAAAACACGUACACAUGGGAGUUGGAUUUUUACCAGAGCCCAAGCCUAGUCCGGUGUCUGACAACAGGCCACUCGGCGCACGCUUCCACAACGACCCUGUACCAGAACGGAGUAGUGGUAGGAGAAAAAGUGGUCGACGAUUUCGACACAAGAAUUUUAUAAGUUCCAAGACAAAAGAUGCGACGAGUGGAAAUUACGACAGACAACAUGACUCUUUCUAACCAGAACACAGAUUCCAGACGGCUGCCGUGGUAUUGUCA